ACAACACAAGAAAGAUCGUAUUGGAGGAAGAUAAGUGUUACUAUAAUAAUUCAAAUUUAUGAGAAGGCUUGAUUGUGUUCGAUGCAUUUACUAAAUGAAGCGUACAAUUUCCUCAACCUGCCGUAGUUUAUUCUGGAAAUAUAGGACUCACAACAUGGCAGUUGAUUGGGAUAAUAGCGAUACUAUAACAGCCUUCAUUUGGGGGUCAAGUCAGUGAAUAAACACAUCGUCAUGGAUGUGACUUGUCGUCAGAGUUCAUUAAAAGACAUCAACAAUCGUCUGCAUGAAGACUGGCAGGCAAAGAUCAACCAAGAAGGACGCAUCUACUACCUCAAUCACAGAGACAGGGUAUCUCAGUGGCUACCUCCGGCCGGCAGUUGGAAUCUCCGUGCGGAUUUACCAUACGGUUGGGAAGCAGCUAUUGACGAACAAAGAAAGCCAUAUUACAUUGAUCAUGUAACCGAAGCUUGCACGCGUGCUGAUCCCUUUGAAGCGGAUGAUAUUCAACCUGUUGAACGUGAAGUUACAUUAAUUCGUGACAGCGCUCUUGGAUUUGGGUUCAUCGCUGGAAGCGAACGCCCGGUUGUCGUCCGUUCAGUCACUGAAGGAGGUCCAUCUGUGGAUAAAUUACUUCCUGGCGAUGAGAUUUGCAGGAUUGAUGAUGAGAACGUUAGGAUGUGCGAUCGAGAGUACAUUAUUAAUAAAAUUAGAAAUUCUACUGAAUCUAUACGACUGACUGUUAUUCAACCGUACAUUGAUAAGACAGGCCUGAAAUCUUCUUUCCUGAGUGCUACCAAAAAACACAAAUUAAAAAACAAACCAACAAGGGUACGUUUCGCAGAAUCACCAGAAGGAAUGGCAUUGACAGCUAUACAGGGUAAAGUUCCUGCAAGCCUGGUGUAUCUACCAAGCGUUUUGAAGGUUUAUCUGGAAAAUAACCAGACAAAGUCUUUUAAAUAUGAUAGUAAAACCAAUGUCAAGGAUGUGUUAAACACACUUCAAGAAAAGUUGGGAAUAACUUGUAUGCAGUAUUUUGCUCUUGUGAUGCAAGACAUGCGAAGCACCUCCCACCAAAAAUUUAUUUUACUCCAUGAAGCUGAAACUCUUCAAAAUAUUGCCUCCAGACCUGGUGCUCAGCAUUGGAAGUGCUUGUUCCGUAUUGCCUUUGUGCCCAAGGAUGCUUACGAUUUACUCACUAUCGAUGAAAAUGCUUUUGAAUACUUCUACUUGCAGUGCUGCAAUGACGUAAUAAAUGAACGGUUUGCUUCUGAACUCAAGUUUGAUGUCGCAGUUCGGUUAGCAUCGUUGCAUAUUCAUGAGCAUGUGCUUAGUAACCAUCAGACAAGCAAGGUUUCUCAGAAACUCAUUGAGAAGGAAGGCGGUUUGGAUCGCUUCUUACCAAAGUCUAUCAUCCAACAUAUGAAAGGACGAGAACUUCGACGUAUGAUAAAUCAUUACAUUAAGCAGAACCAAAACCUGACUGCCCCUGGUCAAAAGCACUUAACAGCUCUGCAAACCAAAUUGCAUUACUUAAAAAUUGUCGGCGAGCAGCGAACAUUUGGAGGAAAAUUUUACUAUGCUACCCAACUUUCUACGUCCUCCGAUGCCAAGCGAGCAGAUGUGACACUUCUUAUUGGUCCAAAGUGUGGCAUUACUCAGGUGAUACAUUUAAAGAGUAACAUAACACAUCAUCUAGCGGACUUUGACCAGUUGGAUUCGAUACAGUUGUCACAAGAAGGAAACAGUGUUAUUAAGCUCACCAUUGGGGUAAAAAAUGAAGAGCCAAUCAUUCUAAUGCUACAUGCAGAUGAAGCACAGGAUUUGAUUAACCUAAUUAAUGGUUAUCAUCGGUUAAAUAACGAUGAUGAACAACCACUUGUAGCAACAACCGAUUCACAUUCAUUCCUGGUUUGUGGAGAAACUCCUGCAUAUAGAGGGCGACAUACAGUGGCAGUAUCUGACUGGAACUACCCAUCGGACAUGGCGUCAGAGAAUUUAACCAACUUGAAGGAGGAUGGCUAUAGACUGGCAGACUUUUCUCAAGGACCACCACCAUUCCAAGAAGAUCCUAAUUAUAAAAUCAGUCCAACACUUCCAAACUUGAGAUCGUCACAAGAUUAUCAAAAUCAUAAUGGAAACAAUGCUCUUUAUGAUCCUCUACCAGUGUCUACCAUUCUGAACUCACCUGUUUAUGGCAGCCCUCAGAGUCCUUCAGAACAUUCUUCGGAUGAUUCAAGCCUGGAAGGAUUACUGGAGAGUAUGUAUAACUCCAAAAACAAUGCACAUUUUGAUCGAUCCCAAGAUCAAGCGGGUGCUACAACUAAAAAUCUUGACUCUGUGCCAGUCAAGGAAAAACGAAGGAGAUUUUCUGACAUCUUGUCUCCAAAGCGACGGACAAGUUUAUCUGACAUGCAUUUUGAUAUCACAGAUACUGUUGCUACAAAUGAUAUUAAAGGAGAUUAUAAAAAAUCUAAAGACAGUCAUGUGCAGUUGUUGAAAUUUCGAAAUGUUCAUAGUAGUUCAGAUGAAUCAGAUUCUGAACUAGAGGAAAAUAAAUCUUCAGUGCCUUCUGGUCAUCAAAGAGUGACACCUAGAGACUCCAUGUUGCUGCCAAAAGCAAAACAUCAUUUUAGUCUGUGGGGUUUUGGAAAACAGGACAGCAUCAGUGGCUCAUUCAAAGAAGAGCCUGAUGGAGGUACAAUAAAUGAAAGCAAUACAAUUGAUCUUACGCUCAAUGGGUCACAUAACCUUACAGUAGAAAACCAUCAGUCUGUAAAUGGAGAAACUAAAGGUGGUGAUAAACUGAUGGAAAAUGAAGCAGAUUCUGAAAGUAAUGACUCAGAUAUCCCAGUAUCUGUGAUAGAUUUGCCUUCAAAUGUUGAAGAGAAUGAAUGUUGUGGAGUUACAAAACCAUCUGAUGAAGCACAUGGUAUUCAGUUGGCAGCAAUUGAUGCUUUUGCCACACUAGACGCUCCAGCAUACGCACCUAGAGAAGCAAAACGAAAAGAUAUUGGCUAUGAAUCUGACUCAGGCAACGAAACGAUUUCCUCUGAGAUAAUAGACAAUGGAGAUGUCGUUGGAUUCAGCAAUUCACCAAGUGAUUAUUUAAAUAUACAAAGUGAUUUAGAUGAUGAAAAUCAAAAAGUAACACAGUCCACUGGAAGUCAGUCACAAUUAGGAGCAACAGUAAACGUAACCUUACAAAAUUCUGACACUGACAGUAGUUCGACUUUUCGAGGAAGUACUCCAAAUCUUAGCAAUAUUGAGGUGAAUGAGGAAAGUUUAAUUGGAAGUGAAGAAAUGAAAACUGUGCCAGAAGAUUUUAACAGUAUUGACACACUGAUUGCAUCCAUGAUGGUUCCACCUCCUCCAUCUGGAAGCCCCAGCAGUGAUGAUUUUAUGAACACAUUGAUGCCACCACCAAACUUUGGUGAUGAUGAUUCAGAAGAGAACAAUUUAAUUGUUCCACCUCCACAUUGUUUUGGAGAAGAAAUCAAAGAUGAUUCUUCUGGGGUUGUACCAGCAUUGGACUUAAGUGGCAUUUCUCAACAAUCAUAUGAGGAUAGUGGUGAUGAGGAUGAAAGUGAGGAUGAGUAUAUCCCAAAUAUCUUGCAAGAGAUAAAUAAAACAGUUAAUAAAAAAGAAGAUCUGCAGAGUACUCCAGUACAUAGUCCUGUGGUAAUUAGACGUCAAGGUCUUCUUGCUGUGGAACCAACACAGAAUAGUAUUGAUAGUGGUUUUGUGGCAGAGAGUGUGGAUAAUGAUUCCAUAUUUUCUCUACAGUCGGCAUCCGAUAAUGGCAACAGAACUGUUACUGAUGUUGCAUCUGAUAAUGAGGAAAGUACUCAUGAAACUACAGUCUUUACCACAGAUGGCACAGAUUUCUUUUUGGAAACUCUUGUUGUUAGUAAGUCAUCAGAUAAAUCUAGAAGUCCUUCAGAAGAAAGAAAAUGCAAUGAAGCAGAAGAGACAAAACAGGACACCCCUCCAACACCAAUUCCCCCACCAAGGAAGAAAUACAACACUGAGACUUUCAAAAAGAAAAUGGCAAUGAUGAAGGAUAAACAAUCAUCAAUCUCCCGUCCAAAAUCUCUUGAUUGUCUUGAUAUCAAAAGAUCUUCAUCUAUGAAAGUACGUACUGGAUCGAUGGAAUAUCUUGACAAUAGGAAUAGUGUUGCAAUUUAUGCAACAAUUAAAAGAUCAUCGACAGCUAUUCACAGUAAGUCACCUGUACGUGCAGAUGUACUCUUUCAGCACUCUAGCCUCGAUACUCCUACUGCAGAAGAACUCAACCGUGGUUUGUGUUCCCCCACUGGAAGUAAAGAGAUUCAUCGAAGUCAAACAUUCUCAAGCAGACAGAGUGAAAAAGUAGUUCCUCACCGUAAAGCACCCCCACCUCCAAAGCCUAUCAAACCUAAGCGAAGCCCUUCUCCAAUGUUUCGCAAAUCAAAAAUAAAUGAUGAUGCAGACUCUAAUAUCACCAGUCCAAAAACACCAUCAAAAAAAGAGGCUCUUCUUAAGAGACCAUUGUCCUUUUCAAACCCUUUCACAAGAGCAAAAAAUGCACUUAAAGGGAAGAAGUCAGAAGAUUCUACAGACUUAACAACUAAUAAGCCAAAGCCAGGACCAAAGCCACUUAAGGCCUUAAAGUCAUUAGGAUCACCAGAUGCAGCAAGCCAGUCUACAUCUUCACAUAGUAAAGCUGUUAGGCCUCAUUCCUUAAACCUAUCAACAGUUAAUCAUGUUGAAUCAAUUCAGAGAGACUCUAACAUUGUCACUCGCUCUGUGUCGAUGCGAAGCCAAAAGGAGAUUUGUAAUCCAAGUCAGUCACCAGCUGUGAGUCCCUUAAAACAUAGCUCAUCAUUCAGUGUACCAGGUGAUAUGUCAACAUUACAGUCACCUCCUCCUAUACCUUGCUACCGACCACACUCACCUAGGAUCCCUCCUCCACCAAAACCAGCAACACCACCUGCUGUUUCCUCCAGAAGCCAAUCGCCAUCAUCCAGUCUCAGAACGUCAGCUUCAUCACCCAGUUUACAGUUUUAUAUCGACAACCUUGAAUCAGGUCUUGCUUAUCCUACCAGAACUCCAUCGCCAGUAACUAGUCCUAGUCCACUUCCAAAGAAGUACCAGUCGCCUGUACUAAGUCCUGUGAACUCUAGGUGUGUGUCACCGAUGCACAUAUCAAAGCCCGGACCACCAGUCCAACCAAAACCACAAAGAGGUGCUUCAAGUCCAUCACCUAGUGCAGCAUCUCUUAAAAGACAAGAUUCUGUUUCUGAUUCACCUCCACCUCUUCCUUCUACAACCCCACCAAUACCAAGCUAUUCCCCACCGCAAGGAAGCACUUCACCUUCUCCCUCACCUCCACCAGCACUACCAGCAUCUCUCCCGCCCGGAAUUGAAGAUCCCUUUGAUAUCUCGCCAGAUUCACCUGUCCUACCAGAUAAUACAUAUGGAUUUGAAGAUAAUACUCAGGAUGAUGUCAUUGCCAUGGUGAUGGAGACAGAAUACUCGGGUGAAAAUGCCUUGAAUGAUGCAAUACAAGAUGUUAAGAAAUUAGUCUCAUUUAUCGAAAAGUACUCAGAAACUGUCACACCAAUUCCAAAUGCGACACAAUUCCAAGAUCACAAGCAAAGUUUGGUUGCAAAUACAAAGGAAUUUACAGGGAAUGUUAAGUUACUUGUAAGCAGUGCUGCCUUAAGCUUUGAGAAACUUACCAGUCGAGUUGAAGACAGUGUUCAUACAUUGGCCAGACUAUACGAUGAUAGCAGAGCUGCCAUUGCUUCAAUGUCUUCAGUGAUGCAGGCACAUAACCUGGGAACAAAGGUAUGUUUGAUGAUGAUUUAAGCCCUUUCAAGACUAUCAGAAAUGAGUCACAUGCCUAAAUAUGGUCAUGAUGAUAUCA